AUGUCGGCCGAUCCCGCUCCCCUUCGUGGGAGCUCGUCAUCGGCCCAGUCCGGCUCAUUGAGGUCUCCUGGUACUCAACUGGCGACUUUUGGCUCGAGUUUCACCGACUCGGAGUCCAACAAUCUGCCUAUGGUUUUAUCUCGCCUGGAUCGUAUGGACUGUGGAACUCCUGGCCCAUACCCUGAACACUCCUACUCAGGAAAUGGCUUCAAUCAAUUGGCGUUUCCUCGACAGACCAAGCAGGAUGAUUUUGAUAUGUUGCAGGAUUUCCCGGCUGGAACACACUAUGAGUCCCAAGCUUUCGGUCCCAUCCCUGCAAAUUCCGCGGCAACCAAUUUCCUUUCUCGCCAAGUGAACCCUUUGCAGCGUCAGGACCCCCUUUACCCUGAUCUUACGGCACCCUUGUACCUGGAUGCGCACUCUGCCAACCCUGAUCCCCUCGUUCACCAUACUCAGACUCGCUACUCUGGUUCAGUCCUUCCAGAUCAGGCGACUGACUAUCUGGCCUAUCCCAACCACCCUUUUACGGUCACGGUCACUCCACAGAGCCGCAAUGAUAUGCGCAACUUCCACGCUGCCAACCCCAGUCCGGGCUUCGGAAGUAACUUGGUCAGUUCCGGUAAUUCGGCUUCUCCCACUAGAUGGCCUACUCCGUCCAUGCAAAAUGUCUUUCGGGGCAACAGGUCUACCUACCCGGGAGCUCUUGCGCAAGUGCCUUCUAUGCCUCGCGUGCCAUCUCUAAAGGACAUGCGCCCUUAUGACCGUCGUUUCAUUGUCAAGAAUGUGGAUACCAAUACUCCCGCAAUCUAUAUUCUGAAUUAUUGCCACCAUGAGGAGUUUCAAACCAUCUUUGGUCCCACCUUACACGAUGUACGCAACAGAGGUCAAUUCUGGAUCGGAUUUUCCGAUAUGCGCCAGAGUCAACGAGCGAUCAAUCAUAUUGCCCAUGAUCACCCGGAUUGGCUCAUUGAGCCUGUCGGUGAAGGGCACUUCAAGCAUCACGCGAAGAUUGGACCCACCCACUCUAUCUUUGAGGACCAAGUCUUGGUAAUCGUGUACUGCGGACCCGGAAGGACCGUCCCCCUUCCUAAUCUUGUACCAACUUUAAAGGGUGUGCUCGAACUAGUGGGACCUGUCGCCGACAUUCGAGCCGUCAAUCUUGAAAGCCCCACUGAGGCGCCCCGGUUCAGUAUGCAUGGGUUUGUCGUGCGUUACUACGAUACUCUGCAUGCUGCGAAUGCGACCCGGGCUAUUAAUACUAUCGCUACCUCACACUUUAUAAUCGAGGUUCUCGUCUAUCAUCGAGACAUGGAGCACCAGAAGAUUCGCCAUUGGACCUGUCAGGAACAAGGCAGAGAUGGCCGGGUAGGCCACCAUCUGAACAAUGACUAUUACUUGUCCCCCGAUGAUAAUCGAGAGCGGUCUCCUCGGACGCCUGGUCGGCAGGUGGACAAUGAUGAGCAAGUCAUUAGCCCUCAAAGAAUUGCUCAAGGCAAAGAUCCUCGGUGCACAGUCAUGCUCAAGAACAUCCCCAAUGCGCAGACAUGGGAUCAGCUCAAAGCAUAUUUGGACGUGACAUCUGCAGGGGCCUUUGAUUUCUUGUACCUGCGUAUGGAUUUUGAGCAACGUUUAAAUGUUGGUUAUGCGUUCAUUAAUUUUGCUUCGCCCCUGGACAUCCUUCCAUUUUUCACCCGACGUAAUGGAACGCAAUGGCCGGGCUUCAAUGAGGGUCGACCUAAAGUGGCCGAAAUUUCUUAUGCAACCACCCAAAGCUACACUCUGCUAGUUGAGAAGUUUCGGAACAGUCCGGUCAUGUUGGAUUUCCCAGACAAUCGUCCCAAGUUGUUCUAUAUCGGUGGACCCCAUGCCGGUGAAGAAGCACCCUUCCCGCCCGUGAACAACUUCUGGACGCUUGCCAAGGGUGUUGAACGGAGCAAGCAGACUGGUUUGUACAAAGGUGGUCCUCGGCCCAUGCCCGGCGAUCGACGACGUUCCGACAAUUUCCAGCCCGAGACGGCCCUCGAUACACCCAUCCGAAGCAAUCGGCGCCGCGGUCGAGAGCGAGAGCGCACCAAAUGGGGGUUUCUCGAUUCACCUCGAUAUCGCCAUGAUUGA